GUUUUUUGUUGUUUUUUUUUUUUUUUAUUGUUUGUUUUGUUUGUUUGUUUUUUCUCCAUUAUUUAUUCCCGAAUUUUUGCCUUACUUUCAGCCCACAGGGACUGUGAAAGCCGCUCGUCUACGUUAUGUAGCUUUUUUUCUUGACCCGGAUAGACAAGAUGGCAUCAGUUCCAGAGCAGCUUCUGGAAACACUGGAUGAGCUGGAAGAAAACAAACUGAAAAGGUUUAAAUGGCAUUUAAAACAAGAAGGGUCCAUUUCAGCUGGUGAAUUGGAAAAUGCAGAUGCCAUUGACACAGUGGAUCUGAUGGUGGAGUGUUAUGAACCAGAAGAAGCUAUGAAGAUCACAUUGAACAUCCUGAAGAAGAUGAAACAAAACCAGCUGGCUGAAGAGUUAAAAAACAAGUACAAGGAAGUGCAAAAUACUCCAGUUCAGAUCAGUAGUCCCUCUCAGACGGGACUCAGUGUUGAUCUGAAUGCUGAAACGGGUUCAACUGUAAAUGCUCCUGUAAUCAAUGGAAACAUUAUCUCAGGCCCAGUUACCAUCAACUUCACCUCAAAUACUGGUGCUAUCGGGCUGCAAACACUCACAGAGAGACAGAUAACUGGGAAACAUGCAGGAAAACAAGAAUAUGAUGUUUUGCAAAAAAUCAUGACAAAUCACAAAGACUACAUGAAGGAGAAAACUGAACGUGUUUUUGAAGGCAAAAAAGAAAAUAAAACACAUUUCAAGAAAGUUUACACUGAACUCUUUAUCACUGAAGGUGAUUUUACAGAUGUCAAUCAUGAACACGAGAUUCUGAAGAUCGACAGAGCUUUCAAAACCUCAAACUCUGAGGACACGCCAAUCAACUGCAAUGACAUAUUUAGCUUAUUGAGGCAAAGGGCGGAGGGUAACAUUGUGCUGACCAAGGGAAUCGCUGGCAUUGGAAAAACCUUCUCUGUGCACAAGUUCAUUAUGGAUUGGGCUGAAGGAAAAGCAAAUCAGCAUAUAGACUGCAUGUUCCUGCUUCCAUUUCGUGAUAUUAACUUGAUUAAAGAUAAGGAGUUCAGUCUCCAUGAGUUUCUACAAGAAUUUUAUCCUCAACUGGAAGAGCUCAAGGAUACAAAGUGGUCUGAAAGUUGUAAGCUUGCAUUUAUUUUUGAUGGACUCGAUGAAAGUCGUCUUCCAUUGAAUUUCAAUUGCAAAUCACUGCACUGUGUAAAUUCACGGUCAUCUGUUGAUGCUUUGUUUACAAGUUUAGUCAAAGGGAAACUUCUUCCAUCAUCUCUCAUCUGGAUAACCUCCCGACCCGCAGCAGCCAAUCAGAUCCCUCCUGAGUAUGUGGGUUUGUUCACAGAGGUGCGAGGAUUCACUGACAAACAGAAGGAGGAAUUCUUCAGAAACAGAAUCAAAGAUGAGACUCAGGCCUCCAAAAUCAUCUCACACAUCAAGACAUAUCGUAGUCUCUACAUCAUGUGUCACAUUCCUGUUUUUUGUUGGAUAUCAGCUACUGUUCUUCACAAAAUUCUCAUCCAGAACAAUGGGGAGGACAUUCCUUCAACACUUACUGAAAUGUACAUACACUUCCUGCUAAUACAGAUGAACAUGAAGAACCAAAAGUAUGAUGAAAAAAACGAAAGAGAACGCUCAAAGCUUUUGGGUUCAAACAAAGAAAUUAUCUCAAAGUUGGCUAAACUGGCAUUCGAACAGCUGAGGAAGGAAAAUAUAAUGUUCUAUGAGGAGGAUUUGAAAGCAUGUGGCAUUGACUUAAUUGAUGAGUCAGAGUCUACGGGAUUAUGCACAGAGAUCUUUAAGAAAGACUCUGUGCUUCAUGAGAUGAAGGUUUAUUACUUCAUACAUCUGACUGUCCAAGAGUUCCUUGCUGCUCUGCACGUGUUCCUCUGCUACGUGAACAAGAACAUGGAAGAGCUCGAUUUUUUCCUGGAGAAUUCACGUCCUGAGAAAGACCUGCUGUACGUGUUGCUGAGGGAAGCAAUUGACAAAGCCAAGGCAAGCAAGAGGGGGCAUUACGAUCUCUUUAUUCGGUUCUUGCUGGGCAUUUCUCUCGAGUCUAAUCAAAAACUCCUCACAGGCUUGUUGACACACACGGAGGACAGUAAAACAAGCAUCAAUAAAACGAUCGAUUACAUCAAGCAUUUGCAAAACAACGAUAAGUGCCCUGACAAAUCCAUCAGCCAUUUUUUCUGCAUCCUCGAGCUGCAGGAUAGAUCCCUGUACCAGCAAAUCAGGAAAUAUCUGAGUUCAAAUGUCAUAGACAAUUGUCGAAAGAUCUCUACCUCAAACUGCUCAGCGCUGGUCUAUGUGCUCUUGAUGUCAGAGGAGGUGCUGGAUGAGUUCAACCCAAAAAAGAUCAGCCAAACAUAUGCAGGAUGUAGGAGACUGGUCCCAGUAAUGAGAUGUUGCAAAAAAGCUCUGUUUUCAGACUGUGGACUGACAGAAACAUGCUGUGAAACAGUGGCUUCAGCUCUUCAGUUAGAGGACUGCCCCCUGAGAGAGCUGGACCUGAGUGACAAUUACAGUAUUGAAGCUGGAGUGAAACUGCUUUGUGCUGGACUGAAGAGUCCUCACUGUAAACUAGAGACACUAAGGUUGGCUCGAUGCCAUUUUAGCCUGGACAGCUGCAUGGAGCUAAUGUCUUCGCUCAAGAGGAUCUCAUGUCAUUUCAGUGAGCUUGACUUCAGCAGCAAUGAUCUGCACGACUCUGGACUCCAACAGCUCUUACAUGGAAUGGACAGCAAAGAGGGAAAGCUUAAAAUUCUUAGGUUAAGCUGGUGUAACCUCACUGAGAAGAGUUGUGAGGUCCUUUCCUUGAUUCUCAGCUCAGAUUCCCUCCUGAGAGAGCUCGAUCUGAGUAACAAUGACCUGCAGGAUUCAGGAGUGAAGCUGAUCUCUGAUGCACUGAAGAGUACAAACUGUAAACUAGAGAUACUGGGAUUAUCUGGUUGUAUGGUGACAGAAGUUGGCUGUUGUUAUCUGGCUUCAGCUCUGAGUUCAAACCCUUCACGCCUGAAAGAGCUGGAUCUGAGCUACAAUCAUCCAGGUGAAUCAGGAGUCAGUCUGCUCUCUGAGAGACUCAAUGAUCCAAACUGCAAACUGGAUAAACUCAAAACUGAUCCUAAUGGUCAACACUUCAUCAAAUCAGGGAUAAGAAAGUAUGCCUGUAAUCUUACACUGGAUCCAGACACAGCACACAAUGAGCUCUUUCUCUCUGAUGAAAACAGACGGGUGACACGAGUAACUGAGAAGCAGUCAUAUCCUGAUCAUCCAGACAGAUUUGAACCCUGUGGCCAGAUUCUGUGUCGAGAGUGUCUGACUGGACGCUGUUACUGGGAGGCUGAAUGGAGUGGUUCACAGGGGGUGGUGGAAGUAACGUACAAAGGCAUACCUCGCAAGAACUAUAAUCUUGCUAUGAUGGGGGCCAGUAAACUUGGAAACAAUGAUGUGUCGUGGAAGCUUACCUGUGGGGAGAUUACAUAUGUUUCUCACGAUGAAGUGAACAUUAACGUAAAGGCUCCAAGCUCUCGUUCGUCCAGAGUAGGAGUGUAUGUGGACUCGGCAGCUGGCACGUUAACAUUCUACAGCAUUUCUGACACUCACACACUCACACACUUACACACUUUUAACACCACAUUCACUGAACCGCUCUAUGCUGGAUUUAAGGUGGAUUGUGGCACUUUGUCCUUGUGUCAGAUGGAGUUCGCUAACCACAAUGACGGCGAUGUCAACAAAAACUCAAACAGUCUCCAUCUACUCAAACCAACCAGGAUCUACCCAUUAUACAGUCAUCACUUUGGCUAUGUCAUCAUCAUCAUCAUCAUCAUCAUCACCACAUUCACAUUCAGUAUCAGUAAAAGUGAAAUCAGACACAGACAAAAGAGUAAAGAUCGAGAGUCUUCACUUAUUGGUAGUGACAAACUGCAAGAAAAUGCUGAAAAUAAUGUUUAUAUUAUCUGUGGCUAUGAGGGACCUCAAGACGGCAAAAAUCACCCUGAGUCACUACCCACAAACCCUUCUGAGACAGAGAGAUCUGUUUAUGCCAUGCCACAAUUAUCCACAAACUCUUCUGAAACUGACAGGACCAUUUACUCCGUGGCUCAUUUACCCACAAACACCUCUGCAGCGGAGUGUUCAGUUUACGCGGUGGUCCAGUUACCCAAAGUUCGCAAAAAAUAUCCAGGUCAUGACGUUAAACCAGACCUUUCCAGUGUCACAACAUACACUUCAUAUCAGGGAGGAAGUGUUGAUAUCAGAUGCCCCUAUGAGCCCAAAUAUGAAAGUAACAUAAAGUACCUCUGCAGAGGAAAAUGCUCCACUCUGCGUAUUGUUUCAGAAAAGGAUAUACCCAUUACAUCUGGAAUGUCUGCUAGAGAUCAGAGAUUCUCUUUGAAUGUCGACACCAGAGCCAAAAUCUUCACUGUCACUAUAACAGAUCUGAAACCAAACGAUGAAGGACAGUACUGGUGUGCUAUAGAGAGACCUCUAUCUGAUGUCUACACUGAGAUUCGAGUAAAUAUCAGAAAAAGAAAGGAGCUGUCCAUCACAUGUCAUUACAAACAUGAUGCCACAGAUAAUGACAAAUUCUUCUGUAAAGGAAAAGACCCAUCCUUAUGUGAGACAUCUGGGAUCAAAGUUUCAUCUGAGAAACACAAACAUGGCAGAUUUUCUCUGAGUGAUGAUAUAUCUGCAAGAGAUUUUAUUGUGACCAUCACUGAUCUGAGAGAAGAGGAUUCUGGGAUAUACUGGUGUGGAUAUGUGGUAAAGACAAUAUUUAAACAAACGCAUAACGAGUGGAUUUCAGCAAUUGAUCUAAAGAUUUCUGAAGUCACACCAGGUACAUCAACCACAUCAAAGAGGACGUCACCUCAAAUAACCACAACAGCUUCCUUUUACAUCACUAAACCAGCAUCAGCAGAUCCUGCAUCAAACAGACCUGUCACAACUGCAUCAUCAUUAUCAACUUCAUCUUCAUCAUGUUUACUUCUCCCAUCAUCAUCUUCCUCUUCUACUGAUUCAUUCUCACCCAAACCACAAUCAGGUUUUACAAGUAUCAUUAUGCUGCUGGUUGUGGUCAUGCUGUUGGUGUUUGGAUUCUUAGUGAUUGUUUACAUCAGACGGAAACAAAAGAAAAAAGAACUGCAGUUCAGAGGAGCUGUUUGUUGCUCAAUGGAGAAUCUGCCCGAUGGAGAGAUUGGAAAAACUAAAGAAGGCACUCAUUCCAUCUAUGAUUAUGAAGAGAUCCUUCUGACAAAUGAUCAUCCUGAUUACAGUUUGUUUCAUCCUGUAUUUGGUGAAGAUGAUGCCUCUGUUUAUGCUGUAGCACAAUUACCCAGCAUCACCUCUGAUAGUGUCACUUAUUCCACCAUCAAAUUACAGAAUACAGCUCAUUCAGACAGAACCUCUCCUGAUGGGCAGACAACAUGUGACUAUGCAACUACCCAGGUAGACAAGAUGGCAUCUAUUCCAGAACAGCUUCUGGAAACACUGGAUGAGCUGGAAGAAAACAAAUUGAAAAGGUUUAAAUGGCAUUUAAAACAAGAAGGGUCCAUUUCAGCUGGUGAAUUGGAAAAUGCAGAUGCCAUUGACACAGUGGAUCUGAUGGUGGAGUGUUAUGAACCAGAAGAAGCUAUGAAGAUCACAUUGAACAUCCUGAAGAAGAUGAAACAAAACCAGCUGGCUGAAGAGUUAAAAAACAAGUACAAGGAAGGGCUUCAAACACCCUCAGAGGGAUCAAUAUCUGGAAAACAUGAAAGAAAACAAGAGGAGGAUGUCUUGCAAAAAAUCAUUGCAAACCACAAAUACUACAUGAAGGAGAAAACUGAACGUGUUUUUGAGGGCAAAAAAGAAAAUAAAACACAUCUCAAGAAAGUUUACACUGAACUCUUUAUCACUGAAGGCGAUUUUACGGACGUCAAUCAUGAACACGAGAUUCUGAAGAUCGACAGAGCUUUCAAAACCUCAAAAUCUGAGGACACGCCAAUCAACUGCAAUGACAUAUUUAGCUUAUUGAGGCAAAGGGCGGAGGGUAACAUUGUUCUGACCAAGGGAAUCGCUGGCGUUGGAAAAACCUUCUCUGUUCACAAGUUCAUUAUGGAUUGGGCUGAAGGAAAAGCAAAUCAGCAUAUAGACUGCAUGUUCCUGCUUCCAUUCCGAGAGAUUAACUUGAUUAUAGAUAAAGAGAUCAGCCUCAAUGAGUUUCUACAGGAAUUUUAUCCUCAACUGAAAGAGCUCAAGGAUACAAAGUUGUAUGAAAGUUGUACGAUUGCUUUUAUUUUCGACGGACUCGAUGAAAGUCGUCUUCCGUUGAAUUUCAUUUGCAAAUCACUUCACUGUGUUAAUACACGGUCAUCUGUUGAUGCUUUGUUUACAAGUUUAGUCAAAGGGAAACUUCUUCCAUCAGCUUUUAUCUGGGUGACCUCACGACCUGCAGCAGCCAAUCAAAUCCCUCCUGAGUAUGUGGGUUUGUUCACAGAGGUGCGAGGAUUCGCUGACAAACAGAAGGAGGAAUACUUAAGAAAGAGAAUCAAAGAUGAGACUCAGGCCUCCAAAAUCAUCUCACACAUCAAGACAUCUCGUAGUCUCUACAUCAUGUGUCACAUUCCUGUAUUUUGCUGGAUAGCAGCUACUGUUCUACAUGAAAUUCUCAUCCAGAACAAUGGGGAGGACAUUCCUUCAACACUUACUGAAAUGUACGUUCACUUCCUGCUUAUACAAAUGAACAUGAAGAACCAAAAGUAUGAUAAAAAAAAUGAAAGAGAUCGCACAAAGCUAUUAGGUUCAAACAAAGAAAUGAUAUUAAAGUUGGCUAAACUGGCAUUCGAACAGCUGAGGAAGGAAAAUAUAAUGUUCUAUGAGGAGGAUUUGAAAGCAUGUGGCAUUGACUUAAUUGAUGAGUCAGAGUCUACGGGAUUAUGCACAGAGAUCUUUAAGAAAGACUCUGUGCUUCAUAAGAUGAAGGUUUAUUACUUCAUACAUCUGAGUGUCCAAGAGUUCCUCGCUGCUCUGCAUGUAUUCCUCUGCUACCUGAAUAAGAACAUGGAGGAACUCGAUUUUUUCCUGGAGAAUUCACGUCCUGAGAAAGACCUGCUGUACGUGUUGCUGAGGAAAGCAAUUGACAAAGCCAAGGUGAGCAAGAGGGGGAAUUUCGACCUCUUCAUCCGGUUCUUGCUGGGCAUUUCUCUUGAGUCCAAUCAAAAACUCCUCACAGGCUUGUUGACCCACACAGAGGACAGUAAAAGAAGCAUCAAUAAAACAAUCCAAUAUAUCAAGCAACUGCAAAACAACGAUAAGUGCCCUGACAAAUCCAUCAACCACUUUUUCUGCAUCCUUGAGCUGCAGGACAGAUCCCUGUACCAGCAAAUCAGGAAAUAUCUGAGUUCAGGUGUCAUAAACAAACGUCGAGAGAUCUCCACCUCAAACUGCUCAGUAAUGGUCUAUGUGCUCCUGAUGUCAGAGGAGGUGUUGGAUGAGUUCAACCCAAAGAAGUUCAACCCAACGUAUGCAGGAUGCAGGAGACUAGUCCCAGUAAUUAGAUGCUGCAAAAGAGCUCUGUUUUCAGACUGUGGACUGACAGAAACAUGCUGUGAAACUGUGGCUUCAGCUCUUCAGUUAGAGGACUGCCCCCUGAGCGAGCUGGACCUGAGUGACAAUUACAGUAUUGAAGCUGGCGUGAAAAUGCUCUGUGCUGGACUGAAGAGUCCUCACUGUAAACUAGAUACACUGAGGCUGGCCCGGUGUCAUUUUGGUCAGGACAGCUGCAGGGAGCUGGUGUCUGCUCUCAAGAUAAUCACAUGUCAUCUGGCUGAGCUUGACCUCAGCAGCAAUGAUCUGCACGACUCUGGACUCCAACAGCUCUUACGUGGAAUGGACAACACAGAGAGAAAACUUAAAAUUCUCAGGUUGAGCUGGUGUAACCUCACUGGGAAGAGUUGUGAGAUUCUUGCCAUGAUUCUUAGCUCAGAUUCCCUCCUGAGAGAGCUGGAUCUGAGUAACAAUGACCUGCAGGAUUCAGGAGUGAAGCUGAUCUCUGAUGCACUAAAGAGUACAAACUGUUCAUUGGAGAUACUGGGAUUAUCAGGUUGUAUGGUGACAGAGGUUGGCUGUUGUUAUCUGGCUUCAGCUCUGAGUUCAAACCCAUCACACCUGAAAGAGCUGGAUCUGAGCUACAAUCACCCAGGAGAAUCAGGAGUCAAACUGCUCUCUGAGAGUCUCAGUGAUCCAAACUGUACACUACAGAAACUCAAAAUUGAUCCUAAUGGUCAGCACUUCAUCAAGUCAGGGAUAAGAAAGUAUGCCUGUAAUCUUACACUGGAUCCAAACACAGCACACGUUGAGCUCUUUCUCUCUGAAGAAAACAGACGGGUGACACAAGUAACUGAGAAGCAGCCAUAUCCUGAUCAUCCAGACAGAUUUGAACCCUGUCGCCAGGUUCUGUGUCGAGAGAGUCUGAUUGAUCGCUGUUACUGGGAGGCUGAAUGGAGCUAUUCAAAGGGGGUGGUGGGGGUGACGUACAAAUGCAUACCUCGCAAAAAAGAUAAUCUUGCUGUGGUGGAGGCCAGUCAGCUUGGAAACAAUGAUAUGUCAUGGAAGCUUACCUGUGGGGUAAUUACAUAUGUUUCUCACAAUAAAGUGAACAUUAAUAUAAAGGCUCCAAGCUCUCGUUCAUCCAGAGCAGGAGUGUAUGUGGACUCGGCAGCCGGCACUUUAUCCUUCUACAGCAUUUCUGACACGCACACACUUACACACUUGUACACAUUCCUCACUUCCUUUAAGGAACCCCUCUAUGCUGUAUUUAAUGUGGAAAGUGGCACUUUGUCCUUGUGUCAGAUGGAGUAACCCAAAACCCUCUUCAAAAUAACAUUAAUUCACUCUAGAAACUCAUUUUUACUUUAUUACUGUUUUUGUCUUAUCUCAAGAAACAUUUACUUAAGAACCAAAAUUGAAUAUUAAGAAAUUAAAACUUGUUUUCAUAAAAUGUAUUUUGAAAUGUUAUCUUUCUUACCACAUUGUAAAAUUGCCUUUUUUUUUUUUUUUUUUUUU